UGGCAAAAAUGAGCAUGACAACAUCAUGCACUUUGCAACAACUGCAUUUUCCCUAAAACCAUUCCCCAUCAACUUUGCAUUCUUUCUUAGUGGGCUUUCAUCUAAUUUGUUAAUUAUAUUAAAUAUUAAUAUAACAUUUUACAUAUAUACCCUUCGCUCUCAAAUCCACUUAAAAAGCUACUUGAGGGUAAAUUCGGUAUUUCCGAUCUCGCUAAUGCAAUUAACCUAAUAUUGGAUUAUACUAAUUGCGGAGCAUUAUAGUGAAGAAAAACACACGUGUGCUCAUGAAUUAAUUAAAAUUAUGCUUUAAUUACUUGUAUAUAUAUAUAAAAGCUCAACCAAAAAACAAAUCCUCUGUACUUUCUGCCAUUUUCUGAAACUGAAAAACCACUUCUCAAAUUACUCACUCCUCAAUUUUUAGGCCGCAAAUGGAAACCUCCGGCGCCGCCGAUCGCGACGGAGUAGACACCUCGUACAAGCCGCUUCCGCCGCUUUACUUCGCUUUCGCCAUCAUCUGGAUUCUCUCCGCCGUUUCAUGGACCCUCAACACCCACAAAUACCGCCAUUUUCAGCAGCCGAAUAAAUUGCAGUGGAUGCUCGCCUCUGUUCCGUGGAUUAAAUCGUUGCAACUUUCACUAUCUUUCCUUUUCUGGUAUUCGUGUUAUUAUUCGAAUGUGUGCUCUAUAUGGAUGUCGUUUGGGGUUUACAUAAUGGGCAUACUAUUUCAAACAUCUGCUUUCGGAUCGUUCUUUCUAAUUUCUCACGGUUAUUGCAUCACAUGCCAUCGAAUUACAUUAUCCGAACGAAGAUCAAUGGCUACUAUGGGGUGUGCCUUUUACUUCACUCUCGUUGGUUACAAAGCUUCUAUACCUUAUUUUUCCGUGCUGUUGUUGCUCAAUUAUCUUGUUGUGUUCUAUGUGAUAUUCGACCAUGUGUCGCGGAAUUUAAUCGUUUUGCGGGAUCAGUUGAGUUUUAUAGAGGACGAGGAUGUACAGGCGAUGCAUGAUGCUGUAUAUACAAAAUACAUCAUGUUCAAGAAAUUUCAAGGAGCAAUGCACAUUGUUGCUGUUUCGGAACUAGCAAUUUUAAUUAGUCUCGACAAUUCAUUGGAAACUUUUUGGAUGCGUUUGGUGGUUCGUGAGUGGGCACAAUUCUUCAUCUUCAUGUACAUUGGGUGGAUUUUCAGGUGUCAAGAUUUCGCACCCCGUUUCUCAGUUAUGCCUACUUGGAGUUCUAAAGGGGAGACAAUAGUACCUCCCAUUUACAGCAUUGAAAUGGAUGCUGCGACUUUCAAAGGAUUUACAAGUCAUGAAUGGCACAUUGGUGUGCCAACUUUGCUGAAUAAGGGGAGCGUAAAGGAUUCGGUUGUAGUUGUGAUUAGGCAGCCACAUUCGUAGAGCUUAAUUAACGGUGGCCAUUCAUAGGGCGACACACGACAGGGGGUCAUGGCCCCCUCGGCGCUUGUAAAAAAACUUAGUAUUUGAAUAUGAGGAGUUUAAGUUGUGAUCGAAGAAAGUUCCAGAAAGAUCUACGGCAUGAGCUCCAAGAACUCAUUCCCAGACAGUGGAUUGCCGAAGAGUUUUUGCUUGUAAAGAUUUUGGUUCUUGAUUUUUGCUAUGAUUUAAAAAAAAAAAAAAAGUUGAAUUAUGUUACUGUGGCUUUAUAAUUGAAGCCCAUUAAUGUAAAUGUAUAGUGAAUUAAUGAAAAUUGUACAUUCUUAUUUC